AUGUCGGACUCUACAGUUCAGACAGAUCAGAAGCCAAACACGGGAACGAGCACACGAGCCCCGAAGCCUGCUGCAUUCACAUGGGACAAGAAUCAAAUCGACACAGGCUGCAUAUCACCUGGAAGAUCAUCCGAAGCUCUGCAAACCCCAAAUGAUUCGACUAAAUACAUGAGACAACCCUCGCCCGAAAGCUCAUCGUAUCUGCCGCCCCGUAUACAUUCCCCCGCGUCUCAGAUAUUCGAACGAGAUGUGCAGGAAGAUAUAGUGCCAGCACAGGCGUCGCCUUCAACACCUGCGCAUAUUCGAACCGAGAACUAUAUUCCACCUGUCCUAGAAGCAUCCUCGGCCGCCAUCACAGAUGACCGCCUCGAUCCAGAUUCGGUCGAGAUUGUCACACAUAGCCUACAUCAGUCAGCGGGUGGUGCAUCGGGGGAGCAAUCGAUGUCAUCAUCAGGCAUUGAUCAUCUUUUGGGCCAGGCCGAUGCAGAUGAACUCUCGUCCAGUUAUGGAGCACUGGACACGACAGAUGUACGUCGGCUGAGCUUUAUUUCCUUUGCCGACGUUGUCAAUGCCGAGCAUGCAGAAACAAAUGAAGCUCACCCUGGCGUAAUAUCUCGGGAGCGCCUAGGAGAUUUCAACCAAUCCUCAUCUCCAUUGCGCUCUCCAUCUUCUUCGCAUGGGCUUGGCACUUCCCCGCCAACAAGCAUUGCGACCUCCUUUAGGGGGCCUGAUAUGUCUCCCACUCGGUUCCCUACUGCUAAAACCAUGCGACAGGCUUUGAGAAAGACUGCCAGUGGAGACCUGGGCGUUACAAGCCAGGCCGUGAGUAUCAUAGGGGAUGAUCCGCUAGAUCUGAAGGGCUCGGAGCAGGAUCUCGUUUUCUUCUAG